AUGUUUUGCCCCUCUCCCGUGUUGCACGACAUAGCUGACUCUUCCGAAUGGCCUCCUCAGGCUCAAGAAGUUGCUCUUCUGCUCUCCCAACCUCUUCCCGAGUAUAUCUCUACUGGACCCUGGCCUUUCGUCUCCUCGAUCGCUACUCAUCUCUUGGACGAGCUACGUCAAGAUACACCAUACCAAGGAGCUUUAAUGCCCAGCGGUCAAUUCGUAUCGCGUGUCCAUGAGGUGUUCGACUUAGUCUUGUCGACUGUGGCGGCUCUUCGUGAACUCGAAUCUCUCGAGGACUGUGGCCGACCUCGGCCAACGGUUACUUUGUGGUCUUCACUCUUCAAGGGAAUCGGAAUGGUAUGCUCACCAGAGUCUUGCUACUUGAAUGGAGCAUCGUUUGUUCUGCCACGGGUGUCCCCACGAUCGAGCCAAGUCGCAUUCGAUGGUGUUGCAACUAUUCUCAUCUCUCACGUCGUGGACGAAAGCGGAUUUUCUCGCUCCUGCUCGUCGUCGAACGCCAUGGAUGUUGACGCACCCUCCGAUGGCACUCCGUCGCAAUCCGACGGCACAGAUGGAUCGACCUCACAUAAUUCCAUGGAUCUCUCUAUUGACGGCACUCGCUCUACGGUAGACUCUGAGGGCGACUACGCCGAUGAGGAUCAGGAGAGCACCGACGAAACCUCCCAAGAACUCAGUGGACCCUCUAUCGACGUCCCUUUCGAUGCGCACGUGCUGAGCGGGUCCGGCCGGCGAUCUUUCGUCGUUUUGCCUAUGAUCUGCGUGGCUGACGCGGACAAUAUCCGGUCCCUGGUGACUAGUGUCGCAUAUCAGCGCCGCAUCUGGGAUAUCGAUGAACCCGUGGUCGGCUUCGAGAUCUCGAAGUUUGGUACUGUAGCCCGUAUUUUACUCGCCUGGGUCGGCACGGAAAUGGACAGUGACUGCUUGCCAGCUGUGCACAUCGCGUGUGCCAGUACGCAUUCUGGGGCAACAAUAGGGAAUUUUGAUCUCACGGACACACGAUCGGCACUCACGCUAGCACAGAUUGUGCUAGGUCUAGAUGCGCACUGCCAGCGGAUAGUGUCGAAGUUGAAGCAUCGACCAGCUAUCGAUGCGUAUCACUGGAGAUCUGACUAUGUGAACGAACAUGAGGAUCAGUGUGACAAUGGUGAUCUGGGGACACGGGUAGCGCAUUGGGCAAGAACAAUUGAUGCGCGCGGCGAAGGAGGCAACAACGAGGUUGAGAUUGACCUUUCGACUCCACCCACAUCGGAGAUGAGUAAACUACCAAGCAUCAUCGAAAGCCCGGGGAAACCCACGACUACUGAAAGUCGCGGUCGAUCUGCUACGCGUGGUCCGACGUCUCAGACCGGAAGUGACUCCAAGACGUCGCGCACCGGUGUAGAGCAAGACAGCGUGAAGUCACAGAGCCUUAAAGACGACAAGGCCUCGCAAAAGUCGGAACCGAAGGGUCGGAAAAGCAGGAGUGAAUCUGCCACGCGGACCGAUAGAUCGAGUUCCAGAUUAGCGAGGACGACUUCAGUUGCAUUCGACGGGCUGGUGACGCCUGCGACCUGGCUGUUUGAGAGAAAGGCUUUCCCGAUUGGUCUGAUCAAGGUGCCUGACGGCGCUGAAGAUGCGGACGAAAUCAAUCAGAAGAUUGAUGUGUAUAACAAGGUUGUCAUUGAAUUUGCAUGGCCCAGUCGAGCAUGGUCAACCCUAGUGGAUAUUCCGAUUCUGCAUCAGAUAUCAACUCCUUGUGCUGAUUUAAACCAGGACAAAAUGCCACCAGUAGACAAAGCUGUUCAAAAGAUUCAGAGGGUCUUGUUCGAGAACUAUUUGACAUUUGCACCAAAUCAGAAACCAGCCAAAUUAGAUCCAUCGCAUCUGGCCAUCCUAUCGAGUCGAUUCUCUACCAUCCUCUAUGCAUCGGCGGGUGCUUAUGGCCGCCAUGUAGCCUUGUCUGGUCUCCCUGUUAAUGAAGCGGAGGCGAGAUAUGACUGGGACAAAAUGCUUCUCCAAUUCUGCGUCCCAGAUUCUGACCGCAUUGUUUCACCAUAUGUUCUGUUUGAACGAGAGCUCACCUUCCCUCGAAACAAGGCUGUGGAUUCCAUCAGCGACCAUGACAAGUCACCGGAGCUGCAGAGAGAUUUGGCUCAAAAGCAGGUGGACUUGGCCUUAGGCUAUCGCCACCAUUGCUUGACUGUGCUGUCGUCACCUCGAUUUGAUGAAGCACCAGCACUUGUGCAAUCUCAGGCAGAUGCAGCAUCCAGUCAAGCUUUGCAAUUUUUUCUUCAGCUCAAGUCAGUUUCUGUCAAACCUGACAAGAUGCUUGACACUCUUAGAAAUCAUGCCACCUCAGAGCCACUCAGGGGCAUAUGUGAUGCCAUUGUGGUCGGCCAUAUCAAGGAUGCUUUUGAUGAUAAAGACUCUCCCGCCACUCAGAGGUUUCUCAAGAAACAGGCUCUUGUACAGCAUACCUUGACGACGCAACUCAAGGACAAGGACAAGUCAUCUGAUGAAUUGGCAUCUCAGCCUCCUUCGCAACCGUCAACGGGAACACCGGCGGCUCGCCCAAAGAGAACAGCCUCACGUUCUCGGGCACAGGCCGCGGAUAACAUUGACUGGCAGAAACAUGUGGGUGAUCCAUUUAUCAAUUCCUGCAGUCCCUUGGUUUUGCAGGACCCGACCAAGAGCAGUGACAGACCUCGGGACGUCGAUCCAGAAGCGAUUACAAAAGAUCAGUUGUUACUACCAGUGAUGGUUGUGGAAUACAAACGCUGGAAUGAGGACCAGGCGAAGUCCCUUAACCAGGGACGGUUCUACUGCGUGGCUUCAGUCACAUUCCUCGCGGUGCUCGGCAUCGAGGGACACCCGGUCUUCGCGCUGGUCACAAAUGGGGUGGUGGGCGCUGUUCUGCUUUCGUGGCAGUCACCGCAAACAAAGAAAAUAUAUGUCAUAGAACGGAAUGUCUGCACGUUCGACCUCUCCAAGCCUCUCCAAGCAUUCCACUUCGCAACAUUCCUCAUCCGGCUUCGCGAGCAGCACGAGAAGUUGCAGGCCCUCUUUGAGGCCAAGAAGACGGAAUUUAAAGCAAAGGUAUCUGCGCAGCAAUUCGAGGAGUGGACGAUGGCAGCACAGGAUGUGCUACUGAGGGCUCAACGGGCGGAGGCUGAGGCUGCCGCCGCUUCGCGAGCUGCGGCUGAGGCUGCCGCCAGUCCCAGCGGCGCUUAG